AUGCGACAGGUGUUAUGUGAGUCUUCGAUGUACCAUGGUCCACCGAUAGAAUUUAUUCUGGAGCUUUUGUCGUUGAUCCUUCAUAACAAUCAUUUUAGAUUUGAGGAUCGGUGGUACUUACAAGUGGCGGGAACAUCUAUGGGGUCAGCCAUGGCCCCUAUGUAUGCCAAUGCGUACAUGUAUGCAUAUGAAACACAGCAUAUAUUGACCACAUAUAAGAAUAACAUUAUUGGAUAUUAUCGUUAUAUAGACGACCUGUUGAUCAUCUGGCGAGGCUCACAAACGGAGGCACAUAUGAUGGUGGAGGAGUUAAAUUUGUUGCCAACUCCUAUCAAGUUUACAGCCAAUAUCAGUGAGGAAAGUGUCCAAUACCUGGACUUAGAACUUUCCUAUGGAGACAAUAGAGUCCAAUACACAUUAUUUUCGAAACAGACUGAUCGGAAUACUCUUUUACACGCUAGGAGUGCACAUCCCAUUUCGUUGAAAAAAUCUAUUCCUAAAGCACAAUUCCAGCGAGUCAUUCGCAACAAUUCUGAUAUAAAUAAGGCUGAGUUACAAUUGAAAAUCAUGACCCAGAAGUUUUUGAACAGAGGUUAUAACAUUCAGGUACUAGAAGAAGCACUGUUGAAGGCAAAAUUGGCCCCGGUGCAAAAGAUGGAUCCUGUACAGAAAAUAGUAUUUCCGAUGACGUUUCAUAAUUCUUCUAAUUUGAUUUCAACAAUUGUUAAAGACAAUUGGAAAAUGAUUGCUACGGAUGACACCCUGCCAAAGAUUUUUAAAGAGACUCCGUUAAUUUGCUACAGGAGAAAUAAGAGUCUUAAGGACAUGUUAGUACGUACAGACCCUGUGGAAAGUUAUUCUAAAACAGUCAAGCACAACAUACGGGGAAGCAUACGAUGUCUGGGGUGUAUUACUUGUGGACAUAUGAUUCCAGCAAAGAAAUUUAAUCACCCACAUACUAAUAAAAUAUAUGAUAUAAGACACACUAUUACUUGUAAAACCCCCUUUGUUGUAUAUAAAUUGGUGUGUCCGUGUGGCCUCUAUUACGUAGGAAAGACAGAAACACCUCUGUGUGAGAGGAUUAGGGGCCACCGCUCGAGUAUAAGAUUAGCGUACAGGGAUGGCCAGUCUGAUAAGCCAGUUGCUCGGCACUUUCUUGAUAAAAAACAUCCCUUAGCAUCCCUUAAAUUUGUGGGUAUUGAUCAUAUACCCCUUCCCCGCAGGGGGGUAAUAGGGGGAAGAUGUUGCUUCAGAAAGAGGCUUUUUGGAUACACCAAUUAAAUACAAUAUCUCCCAUGGGUCUUAAUGAGAGCAUCACGUAUCAUUCUUUUAUAUAGGUUUAA